AACUAAUUAACUUGCAAUACAAAAAGAAACAAAAAAACAAAAAAGAGAGCAUCUCAGCAUUUUUGUUUCCACAACAAGGAAAUCACAUCAAAAAGGGAACCUGCAUGACUUACAAUAUUCUCAUCCCAUUUAUGCUAUUGAAAAGGAAAUCUAAUGUUCCUUUUUAUGGCUAUAGUAAAGAUGAAAAAAAUUAUUUUUAUGCAGAUAGAAAGAUGAAAUGAAAUGACCCUUUAUUCCAUUUACACAAGUACAUUUGUAUAUAAAGAACAAAAUGCAGAAGAUAGUGUAAACCUCAUGUUCUCAAACUCAUCGUAACAUUUCUUAUGAGUUUUCAAAUCACACACACUUUCAAAUUCGAUCUCUUGUAUUUUCCAAAUGAACAACGUUGGAGAUGAAAGUCAAAAGAAGAGAAAAUCUCCAAGCUCUGAGGCCUCUACCUCGAGGACUUCGCGGAGAAGAUUAUGCAGCAACAAAAAUGAAGGAGUCUCCACCACACUGAGGCUUUAUGAUGACCCUUGGAAAAUCAAGAAGAUGUUAACCGCCAGCGAUUUAGGAAUCUUGAGCAGGCUCUUGUUGUCUGCAGAUUUGGUGACGAAGCAGAUAUUGCCUGUGUUGGGUGCUGAUCAAGCAAGAGCUACAGAUACUGAAGAAGGUUCCCAAGUUAAAAUUUGGGACAUGGACACAAAAUCUAUGCAUCAACUUGUUCUUAAGCGAUGGUCCUCUUCCAAGAGCUAUGUUCUUAUUGGAAAGUGGAACCAAGAUUUUGUGAGAAGAAGAGAGCUGAAGAAAGGGGAUGAGGUUGGAUUUCAGUGGAACCCUUAUUACUAUGCUUUCAAUUUUUGCGUUCUUAAACGGGCAAUGCUGCCAAAUUAAAUCAACAAAACUAAUCAAAUGUUAGUUUGAUUCAUAUAUCCUAAAAUCGUUAAAUAAAACUUAAGUCCUAGCUAUUAUUAUAAGAAUGUUUGGAUUCGCUUCUCUUCUUAUCAUAAUCAAUUUUAACACGCGAAAAUUACAUACCCAAACAUAGAUUUUUAAAUGCACUAGCUACAGGGGCGGACCCACAGCCAGCCCAGGGGUUCAGUUGAACCCCUGAAAAAAAAAAAAUUCCUACUUACCCCCUGUAGUAUUUAUUUUUUGAACCCCCUGAGAAUUCUAAUUUGCACCUAGACCCCAACUCCUCUCUCACACACUCAUCACGUCAGAUCUCUCUCACGCUCCUCACUCUCAUUCUCUGAUUUCUCUCAGUCUCUCACGAUACACCACAACUCCACAAGCACUCUCACCCAUCAACGCGCACCACCACCGGCCACCACCACGCCGGCCGCCGCACCACCACUGUCCAGCCGUGCCUCUGGCUCUGCGGUUCUACAGUAUUGGCGGAGGAUCAAGAAAUCACCUCCAAACUUCGUUUCAGGAGGACAGAUGAGACAAUUCAAAUGAGAUCCGAUAAAUGAAAUCUGCACAUAAAAUGUAAAGAAAGAAGCCCUAAAUCGUUGCCUAAGUGACACCAAAGGGUGGUGGCAAAAACAACUUUAAAGCCGGUGCUGGUGUCUUGGGCUAAGUGGGAGGGGAGGCAGUGGUUUUGGAGGCGUGAGCAUGCCUCAGAUAGCUAGCAUAAGGAAUUAAGGUGUUAGUGGGAGUCUGGGAGAUUAUGAAGUUUAGUGGGUCACUCAAGGCAUUUUAAUAACUUUCUGUCUAGAACACUUUCUUCUUUUCUGCAGGUACUAUUCUGAGGGUGUGUAUAAGAGUAAAGGUUGUGGUGAAUUUGUAGUGAUCUCAAACUGAUAUGACACAGAUUGACACUGCACAGAUGUAUCCUCGCUGGCCUGUAUUAGGGUUAAUCUGCCACUAUCUGUCCCCUUUUUUUAUUUCUUCCUUUUAGUUGAAUUUUUCCUUCA